UGCUCAUGUGUAGUUUGUGGAUUUGCGUUAGAAACUCAAGCGAACGUGUCUCCGUGUUCAGGCAGCGUUUCUCUCAAUCUGGACUUUGGCGACGAAAUGAAGGCCAGGAAACAUUAAACCAAAAGAAGAAAAAAAGAAGCGCCUCCCUGAGGGAAGGAGCAGGAAGAGGUGAUGACCAGGCUGUGGAGCGUGCAAAAUCCAAGAGGUCUUGUCUUAGUUCUGCCAGCGUGCAAGUCCUCAAGGAACUGCCUCAACAGCUCCAGCUCCAGGGCAGUUGGACAGCGCGAGCGGCAGCUGUGGUGACUGAUGCCCCCCGAAGUGACUGUGGCGUCGUCGGCAAACUUCAGGAGUUUGACAGCUGAGUGCGUUGAGGUGCAGUCCUUAUUGUGUUGAGAGAAGAACAGCGGAGAAAGGACACAUCCUUGGGGCACCCCAGUGCUGAUGGUGCGUGUGGAUGAGGUGGUGUCCCCCAGCCUCACCUACUGUGCCCUGCCCGUCACGAAGCUGUGGGUGGGAUGCAGGGAGCGCUACAUACUACACUGUGUGGAUGUGGUGCAUGCCAGAAUCGAUUCAUGACCAAAUUGUCUUGAUUUUUCUGACAUUUGGGCAAUUCAAUGUGAUGCUGUCACAUUAUGCUACGCUAGCUAUGUGUGCUAACUUCCUGCGUGUGUGUGCGCGUGCACGCAUGUGUGUCUGCGUUCGUGCGUGUGUGCCAGUAAGUCGUGAGUGAGUGGCGAUGAUGUCGGUAGAGGUGGACGUGCUGCUGCAGGAGGCCAAGGAGAGCAUCGAGGCGGCUCAGAACUUUCGCAGCGAGCUGCAGCAGAGACUCAAUGGACUCAACCAGGCACGCAAACAGGUUCGGGGCAGCUCGGGGCAGGCUCGCGAGGCCCUCCGCAGGCACUUCGCCGAACUGCAGGCGGCCGCCACCCGGCUGCUGUCGGAACGACUGAGCGCACUCCUCACCGAGGUGGAUGCCAUUGAGGCGGACAGCGUCAAGCCUCUUGAUGACUGCCAGAGCCUGGUGGAGUACGGUGUGGGCCAGGCCGACGAGCUCCUCAGAGAGGGGGAAGCGGCGCUGCGCUGCGGUCUCGGCGAGAAAGAAGACAAACUGGGAAGCUUCACCAAGAAGGCCAUGCACAUUCAAUUGGACAGCCUGCCCGAGGUCCCCGCCUUGGUGGACGUCCCGUGCGUGUCGGCCCAGUUUGACGACUCCCUUCUGGUUCUGCUGCGGGACCGCGUGUGCCGCCACGGUUCGGUGGCCUCGCACCCGCCCGUUCUCAUCGAGGAGCUGCAGGAGAGACCCGGGAGCAUCCUGGUGCGCUGGUGUAAGGUGGACGAGGACUUCGCCGCCGCCGACUACCGGCUGCAGUGCCGGCGCUCGGGUAACGGCGGGAGCCAGUACGAGGAUGCCUACGUGGGACGAGACACCGACUUCCUGGCCCUGGGCCUGGACCCCAACACCGACUACGUUUUCAGGGUGUGCGCCCGAGGGGAGGGUCGCACCGAGUGGAGCCCGUGGAGCGUCGCGCAGACCGGAUACACCACCAUGGAGCCGCACGCAUGGCGUGCGGGCACGGAGGGUUACAUCGUGAGCAGCAGGCGCAACAUCGCCUUGAGGAACGACUCGGCCCCGUCCAGCUGCCCUGUGCUCUACUCCAACGCACCCACCUACUUCUGUGGCCUCACGCUUACCUUUAAGAUUUCUGCGACCGGUCAGCUGGACCGUCGGGACAGUUUGGGUGUGUGUGUAGAUGGAGAAAAAGGGCAACACUCACUUCAGAGAGAUCAGGCCGUCUGCAUCUCCACCAAUGGUGCUGUGUAUGUGAACGGUAAGGAGAUGACCAAUCAGCUUCCGUCUGUCACUCUUGGCUCGGCGGUGACGUUCGACAUGGAGGUCGUGGACGUGGUCCCGCUCAACAACAACCACGCCAGCGGCUUGAAACUGCGCGUCACCAUUGGCUCGGGCAGCCGCGAGGUGGUUUUUGAUUGGAUGUUGGAGACGGCGGUGGACGGCCUCUUCUUCGGCUGCUCCUUCGCACACGCCGGCUGGAAAGUGCUCGUCUUCUAAAGGACGACAACGGGACAUAAAAGUCAUAUUUACACCGAAAGUUCUAGCAUCUUUUAGUUCUUCUUACUUCCUGAAACUGAGACUUUCCAAUCUGUUAAGGUUCGGUGACCUCGCAAAAGUACUACCGUCCGUAGCAGGGUCGUCUUCUGGCUCCUGAAAUAAACCCAAAAGUUGCUUUUUCACCUAAAUUUACGGGAACUUUUGGUCAUUGGUGCUUUUAAUUCCUGGAACUUAACUGUUGCAAUCAGGUAUGUUUAGUUGAAUCCUUCAAAGGUUGGCGGAUGUCUCAAAAGCACUACCACCACAACGAGUCUUCUUUUGGCCCCAAAGUCAUUUCAACCAAAAGUUUUGGGGACGUUUUGUCAUUAGUACUUGUAGUUCCUGGAACUAAUCCUAGACCCCAAAAAGUACUGCCCCCUUAGCAGGGUCUUCUUCUGGACUAAAACAUUUCCUUAGAACUCUCUCCUGCAGUCUCAAACACAAUCAUUUCUAGGAUAAUUUAGUUCUUGGGUUCUGGAACUUGAAGAUUUCAUUCAGGUAUGACCCCCACCCCAAAGGUUCAUGGACCUAUCAAAAGUACUAAAUCAACUAGCAGGGCCCCAAUAAAUCCAUCAGUCUUCAGAAGCCAUAUUUUGUUUACAAUUGCGUCUUGUCAAUAUGUCAUCAUGAGAGACACACACACCCUUCUGGGAUUUAUGUGAGAAUCCAGAAAGACAGGAAACCUGACUUUUUUUUUUUUUUUUAAAUCAGGGACACUGUGAAAGAUGCACUUUUUCUUCUAUAUACCUUUGAGUCGCACACGUGUAGGUGUGAUGAUCCAGUAUGAGAUGGUGUGGAAGAUGCCAAUCAAUGGAGGACAAGCAGUAUGACUGAAUUCUGGAAAAACAUCCCAUAUCAAUGGAGACAGUCCUCCCUCGAGCUUGAUUUUAUUUUUUAAAGCCAUUCUUGAGUUUUGAGUAUUUUCUCUUCACUCAUGAACAAAAUGUGAUGUUUGAUGUCCUCCUGUGUGUUCAGGCUUCCAUGUUGGACUUCAGAGCCCCGCUUCAGGUACAAAGUUCUCACAAAAGCUCGCCUUUGUGUGUGGUCUUUACUGUCUAAUAAGAUUUAUUAAUAAUUUAGAUGACUGUUUUUCUAAGGAGGUUAUGUUACCGAAUGGACUAAUAUUUCCGGAUGUUUUACACAAGCUAAUAAAGUGUUUUUGUCUUGUGUUGUUCA